UGAAUAAGCUUUCAUUCUCAGAAUUGAGGAAGUUUGGGUGCAGGGAUGGAGAAGAUGGGGAAAUGGGAGUUCUCAUCAUUUACUGCUACCUUUGUUGUUGUGGGUUUGAUCUUGAAUUCAGCUUUGUUGUGCAAUGGAGGAGCCACUAGCAGUUAUGUGAGAGCAGUAGCUCCAUCUAUUGAUAUGCCAUACAACAGCACUGCCUUCUAUAUUCCUCCUGGUUAUAAUGCUCCUGAGCAGGUUCAUAUAACUCAAGGAGACUAUGUAGGGCAAGGAGUGAUUGUAUCUUGGAUCACUCCAGUUGAACCAGGCACAAGCACUGUGCUUUACUGGGCUGAGAACACCACAAAGAUUUACACUGCAGAGGGCUUCUACUUCACCUACAGAUACUACAACUAUACUUCACGCUUCAUCCAUCAUUGCACUCUCUUCAAUUUGGAUUACAACACCAAGUACUAUUAUGAGGUUGGGAUUGGAAACACAACAAGGCAGUUCUGGUUCACAACUCCCCCUCUAGUUGGCCCUGAUGUUCCUUACACGUUUGGUCUCAUAGGUGAUCUUGGGCAGACCUAUGACUCAAACACAACAUUGAAUCAUUAUAUAAACGAUCCACUAAAAGGAGAGACAGUGUUGUAUCUUGGUGAUCUUUCUUAUGCAGAUGACUGGCCUGGCCAUGACAAUGUUAAGUGGGACACUUAUGGCAGAAUGAUUGAAAAAAGUGCUGCUUAUCAACCAUGGAUAUGGACUGCUGGAAAUCAUGAGAUUGAUUUUGCACCUCAACUUGGUGAACCAGUACCUUUUAAGCCUUACUCAAGCCGUUCUUACACGCCAUAUAAUGCAUCUAGAAGUAUUGAACCAUUUUUUUACUCAAUUAAGAGAGUUUCAGCACACAUCAUCGUCCUAGCAUUGUAUUCAGCUUUUGGGAGAUCUACCCCUCAGUUCGUCUGGCUUACAACAGAAUUGGCCAAAGUUAAUAGGAUUGAGACACCUUGGUUAAUUAUUAUUGUGCACGCACCUUGGUAUAACAGUGAUGUUACUCACUAUAUGGAGGGGGAAACUAUGAGAGUACAGUUUGAGGCAAUGGCCAUACAUUACAAAGUUGAUGUUAUAUUUGCCAGUCAUGUUCAUGCAUAUGAAAGAUCUUAUCGCAUAUCAAACAUUGCGUACAACAUAACAAAUACUUUGUACACCCCAGUACCUAACCAAUUUGCACCUAUAUAUGUGACCAUUGGAGAUGGAGGAAAUAUAGAAGGAUUGGCAAGCGUAUUUACACAGCCACAACCAAGUUAUUCUGCAUAUCGAGAGGAUAGCUUUGGUCAUGCCAUGCUUUCUAUUAAGAAUCGGACUCAUGCUUACUUUAGUUGGAACCGUAAUCAAGAUGGAUAUGUUGUCGAAUCUGAUUCAUUAUGGUUCUACAACAAAUAUUGGUAUCCCAAGAAUGAAACCAUUACGAAAUUUUGACGAUGGAGUGCUUGUGUCUAUUUCUAUCUUUUGAAUAAAUAUGGACCCCAAUCUUAUCUACCAUUGAUCCUAAAUGUUCCUCCUCCACCUUGUAUUCAGCUUUCUGUUCUUUCUUUUCUCUUUUUUCUUUUUUUGGGAUAUAAUUGAGGGUUCACUCCUUGGAGAUGUAAUUUUUUUUUUUUUUUCAUAUUGAAAAUAUAUUAAACUUAAUUACUGGAUUGUCGCAAGGACUAUACUUUCGAAUCACUUCAUGCAUGAUUAGGUGAUGAACACAAGAGGGACCUUAGAAAGUCAAAGAAGAAAAUAUAUAUAAUAUGUUCAAUACAAUUGAGAUAGGUCACCAUUUUUUUUUUUUUUCAGAGACCAUCAAAUUUAUUACAUGUGCCUAGCAUAGAGAUCCCAA